CCGACUUCCGGCCAGGCCGUUGUCUGGGUGGCGCGGUCGAGUCAUCUUUGGGCCUCGCCGCUUCGAUCUCCUAUCCCUUCCCCCCCACCCCCCGCCCCAGCGCGGGGGGUCGACCAGUCAAGUGGCGCGGGAGGCGUCUCGGAUCUUCCCCUUCACUUCGCUGUGGCCAGCUCCCUGGCUCCCCGCGCUGGGGGUCUGGGGUCCUUGGGGGCCCGCGAGGCCCGGUCUGAGGGGCCGGGGCCUACGUGGGCCCGCCGCUGGGCCCCAUGAGGCAUAGCCUGACCAAACUGCUGGCGGCCUCAGGCAGCGACUCCCCAACCCGCAGCGAGAGUCCGGCGCCGGCCGCGACCUGCUUGCUGCCCCCGGACCUGACCCGGGCGGCGGCGGCUGCAGCGGCGGCGGCGGAGGAGGAAGAGACGGCGGCGGCCGGAUCUCCCGGCCGCAAGCAGCCGCGCGGCGACGAGGGCGAGUUGGAGGCCGGGAGGGGGGGCCGCGGCGGCGUGGCCGUGCGCGCGCCCUCGCCCGAGGAGAUGGAGGAGGAGGCGAUCGCCAGCGUCCCCGGGGAGGAGACGGAGGACAUGGACUUUCUGUCCGGGCUGGAACUGGCAGAUCUUUUGGACCCCCGGCAACCGGACUGGCACCUGGAGCCCGGACUCAGCUCGCCCGGGCCUCUCUCGUCGUCCGGCGGAGGCUCGGAUAGCGGCGGCCUGUGGAGAGGGGACGACGACGACGAGGCCGCGGCUGCCGAGAUGCAGCGCUUUUCUGACCUGCUGCAGAGGCUCUUAAACGGCAUCGGAGGCUGCAGCAGCGGCAGUGACAGUGGCAGCGGCGAAAAGAGGCGGAGAAAGUCCCCAGGAGGAGGCGCGGGCAGCAGCGGCAACGACAACAACCAGGCGGCGACAAAGAGUCCCCGGAAGGCGGCGGCGGCUGCUGCCCGUCUCAAUCGGCUGAAGAAGAAGGAGUACGUGAUGGGGCUGGAAAGUCGAGUCCGGGGUCUGGCAGCCGAGAACCAGGAGCUGCGGGCCGAGAAUCGGGAGCUGGGCAAGCGCGUGCAGGCACUGCAGGAGGAGAGUCGAUACCUACGGGCCGUCUUAGCCAACGAGACCGGACUGGCUCGCUUGCUGAGCCGGCUGAGCGGCGUGGGACUGCGGCUGACCACCUCGCUCUUCAGAGACUCGCCCGCCGGUGACCAUGACUACGCUCUGCCCGUGGGAAAGCAGCAGCAGGACCUACUGGAAGAGGACGACUCGGCGGGAGGAGUGUGUCUUCAUGUGGACAAGGAUAAGGUGUCGGUGGAGUUCUGCUCGGCGUGCGCCCGGAAGGCGUCGUCUUCUCUUAAAAUUUUCUUUUUUAGGUGAUUUCCUUCCUGCCAGGCUCCGUUGUAGGGGUUACAGAACAGUCGUUCCCGCCUCACAACCUGGUAAGGAUCCAUCUCUUCACGUAACGCUCAUGCUCUGCUGCUUAGUCUACUUUAAUGGGCAACAUCUCAAUAUGUGUGUGUGUGGAGGUUUUUUUUUUUCUUUUUUUUUCUUUUUUCUUUUUUGGAAGGUGGGAGGGGAAAUCUAAUUUGGGCCCUGUCCACCCUGGAAACAGACUUGUGCUGGUCAAUAAUGUAUUUAAGAUGCUUCUUCUGGUUGAAAUAGCUGUUAAUGUGUCCCCUUGUUCAGACUUGCGUGUACCUAGCUCUUCUGUCCCCAGUGUGGACAUGGCCUUGGAUGACAUCGGUUCCAACUGUACACUGAAAGCUGCUAAUAGAGAUACAGUUUGGAGACAGUGAAACAGGUGAAGUUGAAUGGAAGUUCCGAGUUGUACAAGGUGCAAAUUGGAAUUCCAAUGUUAGAGCAACUUUUUAGAGGCUGACAAUAAGUAUUUGGGGCUUGCACAAAUGUGAUAGUUAUUUUGCUGGAGAUGACAGAAAUGUCUUAAAUAUUUGGGAAUGCCAUUUAGUUUUCAGAAGGAGAUGUAGAAAUACAAAGUAUUCAGAGUAAAAGAUUUUAAUAUCUCACCAUUAGAGAGGUUGGAAAUUAACAUGCAUAUCUGUGUUAUUGAAGGAGGAGUAAUAAUGGUUAAUGAAAUGUUUCUUUGAGGACCAGCACAGUGAUUACCUUAUCACUGAGUAUAAAUAAAUUGUUAAACACUUUUACUUUUGUUGUAUUAAAAUUUUAGGUUAAAUUUAUGUAUGAUUAGAUAUUGAAGGUUGUGAAAUGUGAAUGAAAACGUGUAAAGUGAGGCUUCACAAAGAAUCUUACUCUCCUUAUUUCAAAGGUUUUUGUCCUAUUUAAAAAUAAUUUUUAAAGUUGAGUGGUUCUGGCUACUCAAGAACACGAUUGACACUUUUUCCAAAGAUGGGACAUAUUCUUCCCUUGAAGUACUGUAUUAUCCAUUGUCUGAUUGUAUAGAUUCAGUUACUGUGUCCUUCAUUGUAAGAGGCAUUAAGAAAUUCUUUGUGAAACAUCACUGUUUGAUAAAGUAUAUACAUAUUUAGCAUCCUUGUUUUUCUUUGUGCUAAAGUGGAUACAGCUGUUGGGGCAGAAGAGACGGGACCAGCUGCUGGCCACAUUUCCUGCUUUAUUUUAAAAGUUAUGGGCUCAAAGAAUUUAUUCAUCUCUAACAUGACAUUGGAAAAUAAUGGAUGAAAAUAGGAAAAAUGAUUAUUGUUAAUGCUGACUUUGGGUCUUAAAAGGUUCUGGAAGCACUUAGCAGUGUCUGCAAAAACGAAUCUUUUCCUACAACCUGUUAACUGACUGGACUGAUGGUAACAAAGUAAUUGUGGGAGCCAUGUCGGUCAAAAAUUUGGCAUCUGCUGAAAAAAAUGAAUGCCAUAUUCAAGUUCCCAAAUUACUUCUGUACUGAUUUCACUUUCCAGAUUUCACUUUCCAGAAAUGGAGAUAUGAAAAGAUUCUCUGGAAUCCUUGAAAGACUUAAUAGAAAUACAUGAGACUAAGUUAAUUUUGGAACAAAAUCAUACCCUUUUGUCUUUCAUGGGAGUGAUACUCAGUUCUUGCAUACCUUUUAAAAAUUGUAACCACUGGAGAAGAGAAUUAUAGUAUUUCAUCAAGGAAUAAUAGAGUCUUUACACAAUCAAGAGCACAUUCUGUAGAAUUACAUUUUAGUGGAGUAGAAUUACAUAAACAGGCCAUCAGGGAUCACAAAGCAUAUCAUGAGUUUGUAUUUAUUUCCUGGAACUUGAGAGCUAAUCUGAAGUAUGGGCUGACCUUGCUGAGUAGAAUAUAAAAGUUAAUGUAAAGUCCUUAACUAUAAAGAGUAGUCUUUUUAAAUAGAUGCAUUGAUUUGUCUUGUGUAUCUGAAAAAAUUGAUUAUGAUUAAAUAUGUGAGUAGUUAAUUACAAUUCAGGGUAAUAGGAUGUUUGGAUUCUGAGGUUUUGGCUUCUUGAGUUUUCUCUGAGUACUUGACACUUUCUUGAAUAUUUUGAGGUUUCUAACGGUAUCGUAGUUUCUAUUGUUAUAUAUUAAAAUUUCUCUAGUGUUACGUAAGGGCUUCAGUAUUCUGGAUGAUGGGAGUGGUUUUUUUUUUUUUAUGUGGAAUGUGAUUGUUUUACUUAAUUGAAACAUUUUUCCAGUUUAUUACAAGUGUGAAAAAACACUCAAAACUCUGGAUUGUUUUAUUUCAUUUCAUUGGAUUAUGUUAAUACAUUAUUUAGUCUGGUCUAGACUGAGUCAUUUUAUCUUACUGACUCAUUGGGAAGUGUGUAGAUCAGAGAGGUGGGAGGGGUAGGAGAUAGCCAGAAUGAAUUAUCAUAACUAUACAGUUUAGUUAUUGUAUGAUAUUAUACAAAAUUUAUUAAAUCCACUGUUGCUUGUAAUCUAAGUAUAUUCAGUGCCUGUGCUGCCAGGCAACAAUGAGCAUGUGUAGUGGCUUAUACUCAACUGAUGGAUAUUCCUACAGUUCCAACAGUAUAACUGGUUGUAUUUCUACAACCAAAGAUUUGGCAUUAACGCUAGUUGGUGAUGAUUAAUUACUCCUUUGAUAGAACAGAGUGGAUAACUCACUGAUAAUGAGUAAUUACCUUUAAAAAUACAUGAUUACCUAGUUCAGCAUUUUGAAGUUCUAGUUUAAGGUCUCACUAAUUUAGUCAGAGUUUUAAGUUAAAUAAUCUGAUGAUUCUUAAAAGUUGAGUAGGUACUGAAAUACUUUUAAGCGUUGACUUUUUCCCCCAGACUCUUAUUAAUACAAAGUGUUGAGACCCUCCCAAAUGUUUAUAUUUUUUUUACUGUGUACUUUUUUCUUCAGAAACCAGGUAGUUAACCUUCUAAGCUAGGGAUCAGAAAGGGGAGGGUCUCCAUUAGAAACUUGUAGAAUGUUUUGUGUGGCCGGCAUAGUAUUUUUCAUAUAUUUGAACUUGAAGACCUCAAUCCUCUGUCUGGCAGUCACUCGUUGUCUUACAAUACCAGAUAGCUCCCAGCUCUGAUCUGUUUGUAGUAAAAUGGUCAUUUACUUUCAGUUUUGAAAUGUAGAAAAACGAGGUGAUUUAAAUUUUAUUCAGAAAGUAACCAUCUUUAGGAAUAUAAAUCAUGCAGUAUCAGGGAAAAAUUGAUUUUUAAAAAAAUAUAUAGGUUGGUUAAUAGAAUGUUGUUGCUCAUGAACUUGCCUAUUUCAUUGCUUUGGUUACUGAUAAUAGUGUUUUUAUUCCUACUUUUUUACCUUCCUCAAUUUGUACAUUCAAGAUUUCUUAAUUAGAGCCAUUUCCCCCAAUUUUUAAAAAGAAACCAGUUUACAAUCUACUUUAAUAAUUUUUAUAGUUUUGUUGACCCCAGAUUAUUUUUCGCUGAAAAUUAUUUUGCUUAAUUUUCAAUCUAAUUUAAAAAUGUAGUCACUAAUGGUGUUUUGAAAAAUUGUGUCAUUGGGAUAAUAUGCACAGUUUGAUUUUUAUUGGUGGCCCAACUUUUCUUUACACUGUGCCUCCAAAUGCUAUAUCUUUGGAUACCCACUGCAGUCAGUUUCCUAGACCGUCUGGCUUUUAAUGUGCUAUAGUUUGGGGUUUACAAUGUAAUAUGAGCCUUCUCUCUUUCAUAAAGCCAGAUAACUACACCAAGUAAAUUGUAAAAGACAGACUUAAAUAGUUGGUUUACUAUGACUGAACUGAACUAUUAAAAGCUCUCUAAGGGUAGUGUUCUUAAGGUCUUAGCUACAAAUGACUAUUUCCCUAAAUUGUAAGGAAGACCACAGCAAGUUUACAUGUCAUUUACCUGCCCCCAUCCAAGUUUUGGUAAAGUAGAUUUGUAGCAACAGAUGUAAAAUAACAUUGUAUCUUGCUUAUAUUGUCCAUUUUUACUAAUUGGAAAGAUGAUCUAAAAAUAUAUAUGGUAGAGGAUGGAGAUGUUAGAAAGUAAUUCUUUUUGGUUACAGACACCAUUGUAAACUCUUGUAUGGAUUUAUAGAUGGUAUUAAGGUAGAAGUGUUUCAGCACAAGAAAACAAUUUGUACUGAGUUACCAGUUUAGUUGUCAGAGGCUUUUGAAUUAUCCAGGUUGAUUGCGCCAUUCUUUUUCUUUAAGGAGUCUAAUUUAGUAAUAUGGAUUUCUUAUUUUUGAAAUCAGGAGUUUUAACUUUUGCUGUGAUAAGUAGAACUCUCCUUUAAAUGACAGAAUGUAAAGUAUAUAAUUUUGGGUCAGAGAGCUUUAAAUUUUUUUCUUAAUGUUUAUUCAUUUUUCGAGGGAGAGACAGAGCAUGAGUGGGGGAGGAGCAGAGAAAGAGGGAAACACAGAAUCUGAAGCAGGUUCCAGGCUCUGAGCUGUCAGCACAGAGCCUGAUGUGGGCUUCAAACCCAUGAACCAUGAGAUUAUGACCUAAGCUGAAGUUGGAUGCCUAACCAACUGAGCCACCCAGGCACCCCAGGAUUAGAGAGCUUUAAGUAAAGCAUAUUCAUUAUAGAAAACUGAGAAAAUACAGAAAGGAACCAAAAACAAAAAGAAAAAUCACCACUAAUUCUCUAACCCAGAGAAUAUUCAUAGUAAAAUAUAGAUUUCUUUUGCUUUGUAAUUGGGAUCGUUCUAUAUAUAAAUUUGUUAGGGAAUACAUUUUAAGGUACUUGUUGAACAUCAUCUUUCUGAAAUAUUUAAAAUGAAUUUUGAAUUUUGUUAAUUUUGUUUGAAUUUAAAAAUAUUUAGCUGUACUGCUUUCUUUUCUUUGAGGAGACCCUGAAAGCCUGUUUCACUCAUGAGGCUGCAUUUUCUAGGUAACAAGCUAAAUUAAAUUCUCCUUUCAUGUAAUUAAGUAGCAUAAGAUUAUAUAACAGAUACAUCACUAUAUUUGAAAGGAAUAAAUAAGAUGCUUGUGAAUAUGUUGUAGGAGGACACUUUAUUUGGUAAGAUUGGCUUGUUUCAUAAAGGAGUGUUAGUCUAGAUCCACACUGUUCAGUACUGUAGCCAUUACUCACAUGUGGCUAAAAACUUUAAAGGUAAAAAUGAAGUUUUCCAGUUGCACUAGUUACAUCUCAGCCACAUAAGGAUAGUAGCUAGUUACCAUGGUGAUUUAGAUGCUUUCACUUAAGAAAAUAGUUUAAAGAAAUGAGAUGAAAAGUUUUAGGAAGAGGAAUGUAAUACGUCACUUAGAAAAUUUAAAAGAUCUGUCUUAGGAAAUGAGGAAUAUUAGAUGAGGCUAUUUCAGAAAACAAAACCGGGAGCAAUAGGAAGAGUGUUCUAUUUAAGUGCUACUAUUUAUGUCAGGUGGUGGGUUAGUCAACUUCCAUAUAUUACAUAAUACCAAUCUUGAGUGAGGUUACUGUUGAAGAAACUGAGGACCAGAGAGGUUAAGUUGCUCAACACCACACAGCUUAAAAAAAAAAAAAGUCUGGGUAUGUGACCCCAAAGGGUUAUCCCAUACUAGAUGGAAUCUUCAGAGGUAGAAUUUGCCUUGAUCUUCCAAGAACAUAGAUUUCCAGAGAUAAUUAAGAUGACUCUUUAAAUCGUUAACUCUAUCAUUCUAUCACUGUAUUGGCAAUAUCAACAUAUCAGCUCCAGCUGAGCCUACCAUCUUUAAGACUGUAAGAAUUGAUCCCUCUGUGAGGAAGGUUGUUAAAUAUGUUCUAAACUUCUAUGGAUUAAUAAUACCAAUGGAAAGAGUGAAUUGGGAAAACGAAGUGUGAGUAACAUUUGCUGUAGUGAACUGAUCCUCAUCCCUGCCUCCCAUUUUCAUUCCAGCUUGGAUUCUUUAUGAGGCUUUCAGUUAAAAAUGCUGUAAGGCUAUUUUUCCUGUAUUAUGGACCAAAAUAUGCUUAAUGUAAAAGAGUGGAGCAAGUGAGGUGAAAGAGAACAUUGGGCAAAUUAAAGAAGUUACACUCUUGUUUAAAGGGAUGGCCCUUACUGGUAUUCAGCCUUGUGUUGCCUUGUGUAGCCUUAAUGUUA